GAAUAAUAAUUGAGAUGGCUGAUAUCACAGUAGACGCAAGGAGUUUUAGUUGGGCAGUGGACAGUGCCAUAGCGAGUGAGAGUGCGUCAGAUAUGGGAGAAUCUCGUGUCCGCAGUUUUGCUUCGGUAGUGGACAGUGCCAUAAGGAGUAGCAGUGCUACUGAAGCGGAUUUUGAAACAUCCCCUAUCAGUUGUUUUGCUUUUGCUUCUGCGUUGACCCAAAGAAUUGUUGCUGCACGACUAUCACAAGCAGUGUCGGAUGGGAUAGGAUAUGUUCAUACACGAUUAUUCACCCUAGCUGAGCUUAAAGCGGCCACCAACAAUUUCUCACUUCACAACAAGAUUUUUGGUGCUGGAAGCAUUAGUGUUGUGCACAGAGGUAAACUCUUUGAUGGUCGUGAGGUGGCUAUCAAAAGGGCUGAAACCAGUUCUAAGAUGAAGGAGUUUCACGAGUUAUUUGGCUAUUUAUCCCUUUUGCCCUGCCUACACCAUAAUCACUUGGUUGGGCUAGUUGGGUUCUGUAAAGAGAAAGAUAAAAGGUUCUUGGUCUAUGAGUACAUGAAGAAUGGGGCGUUAUAUGAUCAUUUGCAUGACAAAAACAAUGUGGACAAGGAGAGCAGUGUGUUGAAUUCUUGGAGAAUGAGGAUCAAGAUUGCUUUGGAUGCUUCCCGGGGAAUAGAACACCUUCAUAAAUAUGUAGUUCCAACUAUUAUUUACAGAGAUAUCAAGUCUUCCAACAUUCUUCUUGAUGCUAAUUGGACAGCAAGAGUAUCUGGUUUUGAAUCGUCAUGUUUCAUGAGUCCAGAAGCUGAGCAUGUUUUCGCGGGUAUGUUUACCGCAAAGAGUGAUGUGUACGGGCUUGGAGUUGUGCUGCUUGAACUUUUAACAGGAAAGAAAACUACAUUCAAGUAUGGGACAUAUAGGUGCACACGUAUGGUGAACAUUGCACGACAUGUUAUUUUGGAUGGGAAAAUGGUGAACAUUUUGGAUCCAAGGGUUGGAGCACCCCAUGGAAAUGAAGAAGCAGAGGCACUGGAAUUAGUGGCUCAUACAGCGGUCAAUUGUGUAAAUUUGAACAGAAAAGAUAGGCCAACUAUGACAGAGGUAGUGGCCAAUUUGGAGACAGCUUUAUCACUUGCCAAUGAUAACAGAAAAACAGACCAUUUGCACUAUUUAUGACAAUUUAAUUUUACACAAUGUAUAUACACAUGCCAUCACUCAUUAGAGUAUCAUGACGCUGAAUACUAACAUUUUUUGACAAUUUUUUUCCAGUGAAAGUUGGGGAUCCCUAGCAUUGCAUUAGUUAUUAACAUAGUUAUCAAACUCGCGAGUUAACUCGUUAACUCGGACGAGUUUACGUUUCUAGUCAUGGCUUCCGAGUCAACUCGGAAGCAAACUCGUUUUCCAACUAGAAUCGAUGGAAUCGGAUGUGAAAUCGGUGGAAUGUUCGAACUCGCGAGUUUGUAGUGGUUUGGCGAGUU